GCCCCGCCCAUCUUACCUAUUGACCUGCCCCUGGGUUCCAAAUUCACCAAUCGCUCGCUGGCCUGCCGUUGCCUUGGUUACCGAUGCUGUUGACUGAAAGGGGCGUGGAAGGUUUUGGUCAGUCACGAUACUCUGCUCGGGAUGUACCAUUAAUGCGGGAAAGGAGGGCUGGAAUUAUUAUCGGCACAGAACGAUCUGAAGGGCCUUGAUAAAUAAGCAGAACGGCAGAGACAGCGCUAAAGUUCAAGAGCCAUGAUGGGGAGAGAUGUGAGAGCCUUUGCACCAGUGCACAGGACUAAAGACAUAAGUGACUUGGUUAUUCGGAUGAAGAAUGGAAUUGGCAGCUCCAAAUAUAAACCUGUUGACUAUCAGCAGUUACGUGCAGAAACAGAAGCCAAGAAACUGGCCUCUGCUAAUAUACAGAUUAAGAUUAUGAAGACUCAGCAUGCGGCUAAGAUUACUAAAGAUCAAAUGCUAGCAAAGCAGCAUUGCCAAGUGUGGUGGAGAGAGCACAGGAGACUGACCGAGAAUAGAAGCAAAAUCGAAUCAGAGUUGAAGUCGUUCCUUGACGAGGCCGGUCUGAGAUUACCAUUCUUUUCGGAUAUGAAUGAUCUUGAGCAGCAACUAUUGGAGGAGAGAGAGCAAUUUAUGUCCAGCACAGUACAGCCAAUCUGGCAGCUACAGGAUGACUUAAAGCAGCGGAUUUCAGAGCUGAGCUACCACUUGUCCCAUCAGUCCCAAAUGCAAAACGACUUUGAUCCAGAGAGAAUCAUUGAAGAGGUUGAAUUUGUUAAAGAGCAGCAACAAGCAUUAAUUGAACAACUCUCUGAGGAACAAGAAGCUUUAGAAAAGGAACUUAAGGAUUGUGAAGCUCAGGCUUUAUUUGAUUCGGAAGAUGUGCCGUGGGCAUUAAAGGAAGUCCCCCAAGUUGUACAGGAGGCAGAAUGUCCCUAUGCUGAUCUGAAACACUCACUGAUUGGGGAAUAUCAGCAAUUUACUGAGGGAUAUCUUGCUAAACUACAGGAGAUUAGCCAGCAAGCAAAAGAAAUGGACAGCAACUGUAGUUGGAGUGAUGAGGAGCAUUGGAUUUUGUACUUCAUUAUUAACCAGCAUCCACAGGACCUUCCCAACAGAAGAGCUAUAUAUAUAGAUAUGCUGUCAAAGCAUUUACCUCACAAAGCAAGACAGGAAUUGGUCAACCAUGAAAAUCUCUAUUAUGCUCAUCGUUUCGCUAAAGAUCAAAGGGCGGCUUUGCUGGAAAGCUGGGCUCGAUACAGGAAAGAUUUUGUACUGAAAGCCAUCAUGACUAUGGCUGAAGCCUGCUCUGCAUAUGAAACUGAAAUCAUUCUGGCAAAUGAUAGGAAAAAGCAACAGGAGAUAUGUACUGAACUCAAUGAAAAGGUCAUGCAGUGGCGCGCACACCAAGAAGAAGCUGCGAGAUUAGAAUCUUCAAUCGCUGCCAGGGAAAGGGAACGGGAAAAACAACGAGAGAGACAAGAGAGAGAGAGGGAGAGGACUCGCAGGGUGGAUGAAAAGGAAAAAAUACAAAAGUACAAGGCUGAGAAACAACAGGCGUGGGAAGAACUCCAAAAGCGAGAUCUGCAGCGCCUGGAGCAGCUCAGGAAAAUAAUGGCCCAACAAGCUGAAAAAGACAAAGAAAGAGUUGUGUACAGGCAGCAGCUGUUGGAGAAACGCCUUUUGGAAAAGAAAGAGUCGGCCUGGCUAGAGGAACAAGAAGAGGAAGAGCGGCAGAGACGGCUAGAGGCCUUGCGCCAACAGGUCGCAGUAAUUGCAGAAUUUGAUCCAGUCAGAAUGAUGGGUGACACUAAAGCCUCCAAGGCCAGGCUGGGCAUCGGGGUUGAAGAAGAAUUCUUACUCCAGAGGCCGCUCUUUGAGUUGCAUACAUACAGUGAGCAACAGAUCAUCUCCGACCCCAGAAUUCGCAUAGAGAUGGCUCUCAGAGAGGCGGGCCUCCAUCAGUCUGCAUACGCAAAGAAAAUCCUGCCACACAUAUCACCUCCUAAACCACCAAGGAGAGAUAUGGAAUCCACUGUAUUUAAGAAAUAAACCAUAAAUAACCAUGCA